AGAGUGAGCGAGAGAGAGAGAGAGCGAGCGAGAGAGAGAGAGGCUAUUAUUUAUGAGGACUAAGGUCGAGCAAUGCCGACGUUCUCUGGUUUCACUUACAUUCCAUUUCAUUUCGUUCAUCAAUGGCUACUUGCCUCCCUAGCCACUCUUUCUUCACCCCUCGCCUCUCCGCUCCUCCCCAAAGAUCCUCCAAAACCCUAGUUCUAAAAACCCCAGCCCUCCAACCCCUCCACCAUUUCCCUCUCUGCAGGCCCCUUACUGAGUUCCCUCUCUUGAACUUCUCUCCAGUGGCCAACAGGCGUUGCUUCAAUGUUCCCCUUGCAGCCGAAGAGCCUUCACCUUUUACAAUUGAUGAAGCGGAGCGCAGUCAGAAUGGUGCAAAAACAUCAGAAAGUGAAACAGAGAAGGAGGGUAGUCAAAAUGAUGCAAAGACAUCAGAAAGCAAAAUGCGGCCAGGGCAUUUAUCCAGUUUGAAAACCCUCACUGAAGCAUACAAGGAGGCUAUUAUAGAUGGGGAUGAAAAAACUAUAGCUGAAAUUGAGGCUAUGAUAUAUACAUUAGAGAAUGAGAAGAAUGAUUUGGCUCAGAAAGUUUCAACUUUGUCAUCUGAGAUAACAUCUGGGAAGGACAAAUAUCUUCGCCUGCAAGCAGAUUUUGAUAAUUUUAGGAAGAGAUCAGAGAAGGAGAGACUUACCACAAGGACUGAUGCCAAAGGAGAAGUAAUUGAGAGCCUUUUGCUCAUGGUGGACAAUUUUGAGCGGGCCAAACAACAAAUUAAACCAGAAACAGAGAAGGAAAAAAAUAUUGAUACAAGUUAUCAGGGUAUAUACAAGCAGUUUGUGGAGAUCAUGAAGAGUUUGAACGUGUCUGCUGUAGAAACUGUUGGAAAGCCAUUUGAUCCAUCACUGCACGAGGCCAUGGCACGCGAGGAGUCCCAGGAGUUCAGGGAGGGAAUUGUGAUUCAAGAAUUCCGCCGCGGUUUUUUCCUUGGAGAUCGACUUCUAAGACCAGCAAUGGUUAAAGUUUCUGCUGGCCCUGGUCGGAAGAAAACCACUUCAGGCGCUGAGAAAUCCGACGGGCAACCUGCCACAGCUGCUGGAGUGGAUGAAGAUGCUUCUGUGAAACAACCCUAAGGACUAGCUUAGUGACACAAGCCCAAUGAGUAUUUGUCAAACCACACUGGGGUUCAUCCACUGGCUUUAGAUCUAAUGUAUUGGAUUUCCCCUUUCCACCCUAGCCAAUUGCAACCAACAGUUAUGGUAUCUUGAGUUCUGAAGUGGUCAUUUUGGGUUAAUGUCUGGGGACUUGACAUUAUUUUUGUUUGCAUCAACCGUGAUGGAUUUAAUAUGCUUAAAAGCCCGUUCAAAUUUACAUGCCAAA